UUUCACGAUGCAAUCAAGAUUACAACAAUACCUCAUCUGCUCCUCUCUCCCAGUCAACUACUCCCUCCCCCGCCUUCCUUGUGCCUCUUCUCUUGCUCGAUGGAGCUUCACGAUUCCCCCACCACGGGGAUAAUGGCACUGUCACCAUCUGCGACUGUCCAUCGAGAACCGAAGCUCCAGCUUCCUUCCACCACUGACCCCCCAGGGCCACAGAAUCCGCCCAAGCCACUAGUUUGGCUGAUCUUCGGUGCAACCGGCCACAUGGGCCGUUCCCUCGUGAAAACAGCUCUGUCCCGAGACGACCGGGUCGCAGCAGUCGGGCGCACGUUCGAAACCAGCCCACAAAGCAUGAAGAAGCUCGAAGAAGAGCACGAAAACUGCCUGGGUCUGCUCUGCGACGUACGGGCCCGCGAAACCGUGCACCAGGCGAUUGACCGCACCAUCCAGUGUUUCGGGCGCAUCGACAUCAUCGCCAACUGCGCCGGGUACGGCGUGAUCGGGUCCUGCGAAGACCAAGACGAAUACGACAUCCGCGACCAAUUCGAGACAAACUUCACGGGGACCCUGAACAUCAUCCAGCUGUCGCUGCCGCAUUUCCGCGAGCGCCGCGCAGGCCGGUACCUGAUUUUCAGCUCGACGUCGGGCGCCCUCGGGGUUCCGGGGCUGGGACCCUACUGUGCCUCGAAGUAUGCGGUCGAGGGCCUGAUGGAGAGCAUGCUGUAUGAGGUCGAUGGCUUCAAUAUCAAAGCCACCCUGGUUGAACCGGGCCACAUGCGUCGCGACGAUCCCGGGGAUCUUGUUUCCGCUGAGCUUGUCCCCCCCAGCAGCUCGGACGGCGUGCAUCACCUUUCCUCGCCUCUGCCCUUGUACGGGCACUUCCUGGUCAAGCCGCCCAGCGACCCCUACAGCACGCCUACGGCCCCUGCUGCGCAUGCGAAGCGUAUGCUGAUGUGGCUGGCGGAUAAACAGCCCGCCAGUGCCGUCAAAGCUGCCUACCUGGUCUGGCAGCUAGGUCAUUGCUCUUAUCCGCCUCUUCGGCUGGUUCUGGGCACGUAUGCUGUUGAGAGUAUUCGUGACCGACUCAAGUGUAUUAUCGAGGAGAUCGAGGACUGGAAGUAUCUGAGCUUUCCCACGGGGGACCCGCAAACUAGUGGUGGUGGUGGUGGUGGUGGUGGUGGUGGUCCCUCAGCAGGACCAGCCAGGGAAACGGCCUCUCAAGAUCAAGAGUAGAGCACCAGGGUUGCGAUACGAUACGAUAUGAUAUAAUGACGAUGAUGAUGACGAUGAUAACGGCCAUAUACUCAUGUGCAUGGAUCGAUUUUGGGAAACGAUGAACAGGGAACCAAAGAAGGGGUACAUACUUUACAUUAUAUGGAUUGAUGUGCAUGGUAUGUACAGAAUCACCACUAUGGAACCAAACAAAUCUAUCUGUACAGAAAGAUGAAUUAAAGAAAAAGAAAAGAAAAGAAAAACCCAUUAGACAGUAUCAACAACAACCUAUAUCAUAUAUACAACUCCAAGUAUUGACCAGCAAGCGAAAGCGUCGGUAUCAGUCUACCUGGUAUCAAAAUAUU